AUGAGCUGGCAGGCUGGCAUUACCAGCAAAAAAUCCGCCGUGAUUUUUAGGUGGAUCCUGAACAAAAAAUCGAAAACCUCAUAUAUCCCGAUGUCAGAGUCAGAAGAGUACAGAAUUGCUGUGGCCGGUCUGCAGAAGCAAGUCAAUGAGCUGCGCCAGAUGCUCGAGUGCGAUGACAGUCAGGCAGGUGUCUCCACCGACGCAUCUGCUGAGAGCGCAGCCACGAUCAAGCAGCUCGAGGACGAGAACCGCAAGCUGACUGUGCGCAUCUCGCACCUCCUGCGCGCACUUGACCGCAAGGACACCGAGCUGCAGGCGCUCCAGCAAGAUUAG